CAGCCGCAGGUACACGGGCUUCCCGGCAUCUCUCCUCCCCCGCCUCUCCCACCUGGUGCCCAUGGCGGAGGACAAGACCUUUCGUUAUGGGUUCAUCAUGCUGGGUUUCUUCCUGGUGAUGACGGGGAUGUUCAUCAUGAGCGUGGAAAAGCCCCAGAUCUACAUCACUUUCUGCGCCCUGGGUGUCCUGCUUAUAGCUGUGGGCAUCACCUGGAGCAUGUGCCAGUGCUACCCGAAGAUAACGUUCAUUCCUGUGAACCUUGAGGCUGAGCAGUUCCUGGACCACAAAUCCAUCGUUCUGCCGGAGGGGGACACAUGCCUGAUUGCAGCCUGCCCCAAGCAAGAGGCCACCAGCACCUACGAGCAAAGCCUGCCGUCCUACGAGCAGACCCAGGGGCAGGCGCUGGGCUCAGCCCCACUCCCACCCACGGCCCAUCCCAGACCCCGCCGCUGCUCCCAGCCAGCCGUGCAGGCCAAAGCAGAGGUGCACCGAGAGCUGGGGGGUGCGGGGGACCCCCCCCAAGAGCUGGCGCCUCGGCUGGAAGAGGCAGAAGGCAGCUGCUCCCCCUGGACAGCCCCGGGGGCCGCGCCGCUGGCAUCCCUCCUGGAGGACAUGGACACGCCAUCGCUGGGGGGCUCCGUGCCCAGCAGCCCUGUGCCACGGGGCCGGCACCCACCGGCUGCUGCCCGUUCCGGCUGCACCCUGACCAGCUCCCCAGCACAGGGAGAACACCCCAGUUCGUCCCACGAAGGUGCUGGGGAGGAGGAUGACUUCUAUUAUGGGCUCCAAGAGGGGCUGGAUUCUCUGCUCGAGGAUAGCGACUGCCUUUUUGAGCCUGAAAACUGAUUUCCUGGAGAGAAUGGCCACUCGGCACAGACUCAUCUCGUGGAGGGGACGUGAGCAUCACAGCCUGGAAGGGGGGGGCUGGGGCUGCCCCUGACAUCGAAGCGCCUGCAGCGGUGGAGGAGCCCCCAGGCUCCUGUCUGUGCCAUGCUGCGGCCCUGGCGCCCACCCAGCCGCACGGGAGGCUGCCGUCCCGCAAAACCCAAGGGGAGCACCGCUACCUCCCAAAUUUCUGCAGCAGAGGGGACAAGGUCUCCCUGGCCAGAGCCCUUUGGGUGGGCGCAGAUAAGUGCAGAUGCUGGGCUGGGCAGGAUCUGGGCUAAAUGGUGUGCUUAGGAAGGGAAAAGAUCAGCUUUGCUGCUUGAAAUGGGGUCAGCGUUUAGGCAGGUGAGCAAGUAUUCACUCCAGGUGGGUGUUACGAGGCGGAGAUGUCUGCAAAGGCUUUUUUCCACAUGUCAAAGCCCCCUUGGAAUUAAAAGUAGAUCCUGAGCAUCCAGGCAGCCUUCACGUCUCCAGGUUAGGAGAGGGUUGAUGGGGUGGCAGACUGUGCUGCCCCCCAUUUCCUGCACAAGGACCAGAUGCCAACACCACUGGGGACUGAGGGAGGAGGACUCGGCUGAGCCGAAACCCCAGUGACGGCUGUGGCUUCCAGAGGGCCACUCGGGGUGGUGGCUCUGGGCAACUUCUUCUCUCUCUGCUGGGCUGGUGACAACAGCCGCAGCGCUGCGGGUGGCUUCGCAUGCCGGCGCCCACCAUCCCCAAACUCCCUCUGAAUAAUAAGUGUUCAUUUCAAGUCACGUUGGCGGUGCUAAGUCUGGUUUGUCACCACGACAGGGGAACACGGCGG